CACCACGACACAAACUUGGCCUCCCACUAACUCCAGCCCGUUGCAAGUUUCCAAAACCCAGACGGUGCUGGGCUUCGCUCGGGAGGAAAGCAUUGGUCCCAUGACUCGGUGCAGUUCCUGGAAAUGAUACCUGAACACUGGUUAGAGGCCAGGGAGGGAGAGAGGAGAUGACGGGGUCGAGGGUUUCCCCUCUCUUUGCCAGUCCAUCCGCCCGUGCCACUUUCUGCAGCUCCCUCCUCUGUUUCGGGAAGGGAAGGGGGAGAAGACCUCUUUAGGACCCACACAAAAUCCGGAUUGGAUCGUCCACCCUGAUCCGACCGGACAAGCUAAUCCUUCCCAGGGAUGGGGGCUUCAGGCCCCAAAAGAAACACCUCAUCACCUUGGUAUCACCCUCUCCGGUUGCUGCUGCUGCUGCUACUGCUAUGGGAUGUGGUGGUGGGAACAGGAUCUCACUCGCUGCAGUUUUUCAGUUUUGGGGUGUCGGAGCCGGGCCCAAGGGUCCCCGAGUAUAUAGUCUUUGGAUACCUGGACGACCAGCUCAUCGCCCGUUACGAUAGUGAGAAGCGGAGGGUGGAGGCUCGGGCCAAGUGGAUGGAGGAGAAAGAAGGGCCCAAGUUUUGGGACAGUCAGACGCUACGGGGCCUUAGCUGGCAAUCCCGGGUUAUGAAGUACCUGAACACCAUCAUGGGCUACUACAACCACAGUGGAGGGUCUCACACCUUUCAGCACGUGGUGGGCUGCGAGAUCCGGGGGGACGGCAGCACCCGGGGCGUCCGCCAGUACGCGUACGACGGGCAGGACUACAUCUUCUACGACACGGAGACCCGCACCUGGGCGGCAGCCAACCCCGUGGCCAAGAUCACCAAGCGCCUCUGGGAGGCCGACACGGCCCAUGAGGCGCAGAGGAAAUUUGACCUGGAACAUGAGUGUGUCUACUUCCUCCAGAAGUUCCUGAAGUAUGCGACCAAGCACCUGGGCCGGAAAGUGCCUCCGUCAGUGUGGGUGACCCACCAGAAGACCCCGGGGGGAGAGUCCACCCUAAAGUGCUGGGCCCACGGCUUCUACCCGCGGGACAUCCGGCUCAGCUGGUGGCGGGACGGACAGGAGCUGACCCAGGAGACGGAGCAUGUGGAGAUCCGGCCCGGUGGGGAUGGGACCUACCAGUGCUGGGGGGCCGUGGGGAUCCCCCCCGGGGAAGAGCACAGAUACACCUGCCGCGUGGAACACCAGGGGCUAGAGCGGCCCCUCACCGUCAUCUGGGAGCCGCCAUUUGAGCCCAGCCCAUUCAUAGCCGGUGCCGUCGCUGUCCUGACCCUCUCCAUCGUGGCCGCCGUGACCUGGAUGAGGAGAAAGAGGAGGAGGAGGAGGGGGACGAGGCCAGCAGCCUCAGGGGAUCCCGUGGGAGAAGACGAGGGCCACGAGAGAGGUGCCUUCCUAGAGAUGUCUGCUGCUCCCGCCCCACCGACACAACCAACACCAGGCCCUCCGGCAUGCUAGAGUGCAGGCCAAGCUUACUACAGUGCUCUGCACCCAAUAAGCGCUCAUUGCAUAGUCUAUGCACUGGACCUUGAGGCCCUGUCCUGCCCUGCCCUGACAGAAGGCCGAGGUGGCACAUCCAGGGCUUUACAGAAGACAUGCAAAUUCCCUCAGCAGUCAGAUUGUGAACGUCCCUCCAAUCACUACUCUCCAAACCCCUUGAGUGAGUUGUCUACACCUGUUGCCUCCACUUCUCUCCUCCACUUCUCUCCUUGACCCCCUCUAACCUGGUUCCUGCCCCUUUCACUCCACAGAAACUGCCCUCUGUCACCAAAUGACCUUCUCCUUACCAAUUCCAAAUUUUAACCUCUCGAUCCGUGCUUCUGGCUCCAUCCCUUCUCCCUUCAUCAAGGCAACUGACCCCUUCCUUCUUCCCUCCCUUCCCUCAUCUUCAACUGCUCGCUUUCCAUGGGUUUAGUACAGUGCUCUGCAAAUAGUAGGUGCUCAGAAAAUAGUGGGGUUUUUUACUGAUUGCUAGAUAAUGGGGAGGCCAGAUGGGAAAGGACAGGAGGCAGGAGGGAGCAAGAUCUGCAUAGGUUAUAUCCAUCUGAACAGUGUGAUUGCAUUUCUUUCUACCCAGAUCACUUUUCUGAAAAACCAGCUGGUCGAUGUCUCCCUACUCCUCAAAAACCUCCAAGUGGCAUUCAGUCAACUCUCUUCUUCCUACCUAACCUUGCUGAUUUCCUACUAUAACCCAACCCACACACUUUGCUCCUCUAACACCAGUCUACUCACUGUACCUCAAGCCCAUUAAUCCUCACUUGGACUUGGAACUCUCUCCUGCUUCACAUCCGACUAUCCAUUGCUCUCCUCACCUUCAAAACCCUCCUGAAAUAACAUCUCCUCCAAGGGGCCAGCCCUAGGAUAGUUAUGGAAAAUAUUCUUAUACGCUAUUUUCCCUAUCCAUAAAUUUCCUUUAAUGUCUGUCUCCCUCUGUAGACAGUAAGCUCCUUGUGGGCAGGGAUCCUGUUUACGAACUCUGAGGUACUGUACUUUCCUAAGUGCUAAGUAGAGUGGGUGGCACACUGUAAAGGCCCAAUAAAUAUCAUUGAUGAUUGAUUUUUUUAUCAUUCUCAACUGUAGACUGUCCCCAUGUAGGAGUUUGUGUGUGUGUGUGUGUGUGUGUGUGUGUGUGUGUGUUUUACAGGCUGUGAGUCUUUCCUUCCCUCCGCUUACUGCUCCUCAGAUGAGUAAAGAUUCUUUCAUAAGCUUGAA